GAGCUGGCGCGGCUGCGCGAAAGCAUCGCCGAGGGUAGCACGGCGCCAGCGCCAACUACGGCAGCCAAGAGCGAUGAUGAGGAAAUGCGACAGCUCACCAGCGAACUGGAUCAAACAAAGAAGCUUCUCAGGCAGCAAAGCCAAUCCCUACAACAGAAGAGCCAAGCCCUUCGGCGCAUGGUCAAGAAAGUCGAACUACUCCAGGCUUUGGGCAAUGGAGCCAAGACUAAGGGCAAGGCCACAGGUGCCGUUGAGAACGAGUGCAGCCCAGCAGAGGAAGCUCAAGGAUCCCAAGGUCAAAGCUCUGAAGAUGCAGAGGGUGCGAGCAGUAGCGACGAAGCCCAUCUACUUCUCGAUGACACGGAUGAUGGAGAGAAUCUAGAACUCGAUGGGGAUCUAGACGAGGAUGCCGCGGAAUGCGCGGAACGUUCGCACAGCACUCACAGCGUUCAAGCUUCUCAGGGCCACAUUGACCCUGGAGAUGCAUGCUCGGAAGGCGGUGAAGAUGAAGUGCAAGAGCAAGAUCGAGUGCCACAAGUGCAGUUGGAGGAUGUAGAUGGCCUAGCGAUGCAAGGUCUGCAAGAGCAAUCCGCCACUCUGAACGAGGAGGCGGUCAAACCUGAAGGCAGAAUUGUGGAAGUCAACGAGUCUGGAGAAGAAAAGACGGUGGAGGGCCACAAAGCAGAGGAGAUGGGCAACGUCAGAGAGCAGUCAGGACCUGGAAUUGUCAGCCAACAGGACCGUUGA